UUCAUUCUGUUCUCCAGACUUAAGCACAAGCCUUCGCUCUGUCUCUGCUCUACUCCAGUUAAGUAGGGAGGGGAUACUGGGAGCUCUGAUUUGGGCUUGCAGGUUCUGGUUGCCUGGGUGACCUGGACAGGACUGCAGCUGUACAGUCAUGCCCUUCAGCAGCCUUGUGUCUGACCCUGGGCAGGCCCGCUCUGUCGCUGUGUCACAGGAUGCAGCAGAUCCCCCUCGGCCCCCUUGACUUCGUUUUCACUCUGACUUCUCUGCGUCUCUGAACUCAAUUCCUUCCCUGCAGUUGCUCCUGAGCACCAAGCACAAGUCCUCCAGCUUGGGUGAGGGUGGAGGGCGUGGUCUCACACCGGAGCCUGCAGGUGAGCUGCUCUGGGAGUCAUGUUAACACUGCACAGAGCCGCACCCAGUCUGGGGCCUGUCUGGGGCUUCGGGCUGGCAGCAGGCUGUGCAGAGCAGUGGGGCUCAAGCCUGGACCGCCGCCUGCCCACUGACUGUCGCCACAGGCUCCAAGCAGCAUGCUGCCCACUCUGAGUGGUGCACAGAGGUGCUUCCAGGUCCUCCUCCUCCUCCUGGUCCUGACUGUGUUCCUGCUGGCAGGCUUCCUGCGCACGGACAUUGGGCUGCUCACCCCGCCCGGGGACCGGGCGGAGGGGCCGCCUGUCACCAACAUCAUGUUCCUCAAGACUCACAAGACCGCCAGCAGCACGGUGCUGAAUGUCCUCUUCCGCUUUGCCGAGGCGCACAACCUGUCUGUGGCACUGCCCGCAGGCGCCCGCUUCCACCUGGGCUACCCCUGGCUCUUCAUGGCACGCUACGUGGAGGGCGCUGGGCCAGAUGGUGGGCAGAGGCGCUUCAACAUCAUGUGCAAUCACCUGAGGUUUAACCUGCCCGAGGUGCAGAAGGUCAUGCACAAUGACACGUUCUACUUCUCCAUCCUCAGAAACCCCAUCUCCCAGCUGGAGUCCUCCUUCACCUAUUACCGAGCCGUGGUGCCCGCCUUCAAGGCCGCACCCAACCUGGAUGCCUUCCUGGCCUCCCCGGACACCUACUACAACCGCAGCGCGGGCCUGAGCAAUGCCUAUGCCAGGAACAGCAUGUGGUUCGACCUGGGCUUUGACAGCGAUGCACUGCUUGCCAAUGGCUAUGUGCGCGCAUGCCUGGCCGCUGUGCAGCAGCGUUUCCAGCUGGUGCUCAUUGCCGAGCACUUGGACGAGUCCCUGGUGCUGCUGCGACACCUGCUGCGCUGGCAGCUGGACGAUGUGGUGGCCUUCCGGCUUAAUGUGCGCAGCCAGCGCAGUGUGGCCAGCCUGUCACGCGAGAGCCAGGAGCGCGCCAAGCACUGGUGUGCGCUGGACUGGCGCCUCUACCAGCACUUCAACCACACCUUCUGGGCCCGUGUGCACACUGAGCUGGGCCUGCAGCGGCUGCGCUCAGAGGUGGCACAGCUGCAGGCGCGGCGGCGUGAGCUCAAGGCCCUGUGUCUGCAGGACGGUGUGCCCAAGAACCAGUCACAGAUCACCGACCCACAGCUGCGCCCCUUCCAGUCGGGCGAGGCUGACAUCCUGGGCUACAACCUCAGGGAGGGCCUGGACAACCACACACGGCAUGUGUGCCAGAGGAUGGUCAUGCCCGAGCUCCAGUACAUGGCCCACCUGUACACCCAGCAGUUCCCGGAGAAGCCCCCCAAGAACAUCCCCUUCCUGUAGAUAUAGUGGGCCAGUGCCCGGGAGAGGGUUCCCGGUGGAAGCUGGCACCUCUCGCUGCCUCAGACUCAGAGUGGCCCUUCUGGCUUACCCGGGAGACCUGAGCCCUGCCAGCCCACUGAUCCUCAGGGCGGAGUCGCCUAUGAAGAGAGCUGCAUUGUGAUCCACCCUCUUGGAGGCAGCCUUUUGGGUGAGGGCUGCAAAUCUAGGACCAAAAGGCACACAUGGUCUCAGGAUGUGAACAUGUUCAUCAAAUGGAAAAGUCUUACGAGGUGGGAAAGCGAGUGAUUUUUAAUUACAUGUCAGCACACUGCCCAUCAGAACACCUGUCCAGGGAACCCAGAGGGCUGUGGAUCCCUGAAGGUGCUCAGAGCAGCUCCCCGGAGUUUGCUGGCCACGGGGGCAUGGCGCUGGCCACAGACAGGGAUUGGAAGACAGGCCUGUAGAGCAGGGACGAGGGAGUGAGGGUUUGGAACGUGCAGUCUCCCAUCUUUGGCUGUAUGAGGCUUAUUUCCAACUGAAGAACAGUUUCAGAUUGAGAUAUGUUAAAAUUGCCAACGAGACAAAUAUUUCAGCUGGAGCACAAGUUGUGGUUCAGUGCCAUGCCUCCUGAUGGCAGAGCCCCCCCGAUACCCAGUGGAGGAAACGUCUGUUUCCUCGGUUCCAUCUGCACGCCUGGUUGCCUUGGAGACCAUGGUGGAUGCAGUUGCAGUGUGGCUUCUGGACAUCUCUCUUUGUUCUUGGCAGGGCGGGGGCUGAGGACCCUCUUCCUGCAGAUGUGAUUUCUGGCUGCUGGGGGUGCCUGUGUCCUGUGCCCUGAGAAAUGCAGGCUGCCCGGAGUCAGGAAACAGAGCUGCUCUCACUUGCUCAGCCUCGGGGCCCAGCCUGGGCUCUGUGCCUGGCACUGGCAGGUCCUCUUCCUUCCAUGUCAGCCCUGGAGAUCCAGUAGCUGGGCCUGGGCACCCACUGAGGGUGCCCCUGAAUUUAGGCAUGUCUGUACUUUCAGAAAAAAGAGGAGACCCCCCCAAACAAGCAGAAUAGGCAGAAGCUGCUUUGGACACUGUUUAGUGGAGGGAACCUUAAGAGGGAAUUUUUAAUGAGAUGAGAGGAGGUAUUGUGGAGAAUCUGAGAAUAAAAGAAUAUUGGGAAAUUGAAAAAUGACUUCCAAAAGCUGACCAGGGACAGUGAAGAGGAAGACACUGCGAGGGGUCAGAGUCAGCUGGGAGCCCAUCCAGAGGGUCACCCAUCCCCAACCCUGGGAAAUGCAGGGGGAUAAUCUGAGGGGGUGUGGGGAAGUCAGACCCGGGAGGAGCCACAGGGCAGGUGAUGAGACCACAGCCAGACAAGGAGAAGGUUGCCCCAAGGUGGGCGGCAGGCAGGCUCCUUCAAGGAGCUAAGGAACAGGACCCACACCUCACGAGCCUGGGCCAGUGAGGGAGCCCAGGGUGAGAGGGGAGAGUCGGGCCGUGGCCCAGCACCGGGUGAGGCCGGAGGACGCGGGCCCUUCCCCAGCUAUGCAGCAACAGCUUGGCGGGAAUGCAGACCGGGCUGUCUCUGUGGAGGUCGGUCGGGGCAUUUGUUUCAACGUCAAGUGCAUGCAGUCUGGAACAGAGCGCGCCGGAAACAAGCUGUCCAGGAGCCCAUCCAAAAUGGAGUGUGGAGCUGGCGCCCUGGCAGCCGGGAAGGCCGGAGCUCAGGUCUGCCGGAACGUCUUCAGGGAGCAGCAGAUCGUGCCUUUGUGGGCUGUGGGUCAGGGCUGGCGAGCAGCUGCAGGUGACCAGGGCGGGGUGUGCUGGUCCCAGCCAGCAGGUACCCUUAGCAGUGCGGGAAGCCCAGGAGGCAGUCCUUCUGAUUUUUCAAGAGAAGCUGGAAAUACAGGUUUUUAUGUCAAAUCUCCAUGUUUUUAAAAAGGGGGCAUCUAACUAAAACAUAAAAAAUCCUAAAC